CCAUACAGCUCAUUUGAAAACACACAAACACACAUAUGUGAAAGGAAGUGAAAAAGCGAAGAGGACACAUGGAGGACAGGAACAUCGAAAUCGGGAGCAUAGGAAUUAUCAGUGAUUGUAGAGAAAGUGACCAGAAGGUGUCACAUCUAAAGUGUGUAGUUGGUCGAAGUGCGUGUUCUUGCACGUGAGCACAUGUGUGAAUUUGUUGAACCUUGCGUAGUUUUUUUACGUGCACACGUGCUCACAUGCAUGCCUGAUUUUGCUAGCUAGCUAUUAGAAUCCCUUAAACUAUUAUCAAUCAAAUUUUCAUUUUACUUUUGCUCUUAUUUUCUUACAAUAUUUAAACUUACAUGACAUGUGUGGCAAAACAGAGAUGCACUUCCAAAACAUAUGAAAUUUCUGUCACAUUUUUCAACUGUGUAUUAAUUCUUUUAAAGAAAAAUAUCUGAAAAUUGAAUAUGAUACUAAGAUUAUUAAGAUUCUUAUAUGUACAAACCUCUUAUGAAGAACUUUAUAAUUAUUACUAUUUUCAAAGUUUAAUCAUAAAAAAGUUUAAUCAUACUAUAAUGACAAUAAUAUCUCGAUAUCCCACAUGUAGAAAGUGCCAAACAUACACGAAAAAGAACAGAAAAGAUAAAUAAUUACUACUUACUACUUAGGAUGAGUCUUUUUCGACAGGUAAGAAUUAAUGAAGCUAGUACGAAAAGGAAUUAAAAAUGGAAAAACAAAAUGCGAGGGCAUGUGAUAUCAUAAAAGCGUAGUCAAUAGACCGCUCGGAUCUUCUUUGUCACUACAUGUCUGUUCGAAGUCGCUUUGACCCAUGCACCAUCUAAUUAGUCUCACCAAUACUAUUAAUCGCCUACAUAAAUAGCCAUUAUAAAUAUUUAAUAUACGAUUAAUGGGAAUUUAUAUCUUCUAAGCUAGUUUUGGAGGAUAUGUCACGUGCAAACUUUCUAUUAGUACGCUAAUUAAAAUAAAACAAGCAUUAAAUUUUCAACUCUAGAUAGUUUGAUAUACGUCGUUCGUUUAUUUUUUAUGCAGCUGAAAUGAAUAAAUAAGCAGGUUUGGUUAUAUUUAUAUUUGGAUCAAAUGAGAAACGUCUGGCCACGAACGCUACAUGUCAUUCCCAUGUUACAUACUGGCAUUGUAAGAAAAGAGUAACAAAGUAUUAUACAAUCGAGUUCACGUGUUGCGAACUUGAAAAGAACGCUCGAGUGUGCCUAAAUAACGCCGACUUAUCCAUUAGCUUGUAUACAAGUUAUAUUACUUCGUUCACAUAGUGAACUAAUAACGACAAAACAAGACCCAACAUUAUUAGACCAACCUAAGAUUUGAAAAUUAAUAGGCAGCAGAAGUAGGAGACGAUGAUAAUAAGUUAAAAUAAGAUAUACUCCGUACCUGUUGAAGAUAGGACCAAACAAUUGAAUAAAAUUAAACAAUGAAAUACAGAGGACAUCACACAUGGAAAGAUAUAGAUGCAUGUGUAUAAAUCAAGUCGAUACUUCACCCACAGCUUUUGUCUAAAUCUUUCUCAACACAGUUCAAUCUCAAGUACCUUAAAAAAAAGGAAUUAUUUUCUUUUAUAAACACAAUAAAAAGAAGGAAAAUGUUGGGUUCAUCAGAAUGGAGUAGUGGAUGCGAGUCAGGAUGGACUUUGUAUUUAGACCAUUCUGUUUCUUCUUUUCCAAGUUCUUCUUGUUUCCGAGACAUCAAUGGGUUUGAAAACAGAAGAAGAAGAAGCAAAGAUUCAUGGAGUCAAAACUAUGUGCAUCAAGAAGAAGAUGAAGAAGAAGAUUUGUCGAUGAUGUCAGAUGCAUCUUCUGGCCCAAGGAAUGUUUGUGAGGAAGAUUCUGUGAAAAAGUUAAACAGUGUUGGUCCCAAGAAACAGAAAAAGAGUGAAAAGAAAAGAAGUGAUUAUGAGAAAAUGAACUCGGUUCUUGAUGAUACUGCUAGUUCUCAUAUGUUGCAGAAAAGUGUGGGUGGUAAUAAGAUAGAGCAAACCUUUCCAGAGAGUACAUUGGAUUAUUCGCAAGGCUUCUCGGCAACUCACAUUCAGGACAAAGCAGCAUUCCAAGAACAAUAUGGUUAUUUGCAAAUGGAAACAAGAUACUAGAUAACCAGUGGGUUUUAGUGUGAAGAUCGAAAUGAAGAGCAACUAUUUUGGACAAUUUGGAAGCUUGUAUGGAUUCAAGUAAGAAAUGAAGGGCUAAAGCAAAAAAGUGUUAUAGAAGAAACCAAAAAUGAAGAGAUAGGAACAAAGAAAGGUUCUCAAAUCUCCAUUUGUUCUGAAUCUCUUCUUUUUUCUCCCUCUUUUUGCAAUUUCCCAUAAACGAGCUUUUCCUUGUAGCCUCCCUUAUGUACGUUACUCUUGGUUUACAACACUCCAAUUGCAAUUUUUCUUGUCAUAAGUGUAGCAAACUUAAGUAGCUAUUAAGUUUUCUUCCAUGGGUGCAUUUUUGUUAAGUCAAACAAACAAAAACUUUAACACUUUAAUAUAUAACCGUAAAUUAAAAGUAUAAUUAAAUUUAAAUCCUAUAUCGUCAGAAAAAAAUAAUAACACGAGGUUCACGUUCGAUACAAUAUUUACUAGCUUAAGAUCCGCACAAUUGCACGGAAUAUAUGUUUUAUAUAAAAUUAAUUUUUAUCUAUUAUUAUUUAUUUGUAUUCAUUUAUGUAUUAUGUAUAUAAUUAAAUUAGAGUAAAGACAUAAAUCGAAACAAUACAUCUUGUUUACUUACGAUGUUUUUUUAGUAAAUAAAUCAAAACAAUCAUUUUAUUUAUUUUAUAUGGUAUAUAACUAAAUUUCAAUGACAUGGACAUAGAUAUAUAAUAUAUUUCAAUAAAAAUAUUUAUUAUUGAUAAUUCAUAUUCAUAUGAUAAACA